ACCCGUCGCUCGACGGCCCGCGAUGAGGAAGUCGGAAGGGCCGGCCCUGGACCGGGCAGGCGGAGAUGAAUGGAGUCAGGGAAUCCUUGGAAUGCAGGGCGCGGAGCCCGGAGGCACCAUGAGUCUGAGCGGAUCCUUGAGCAGCAACCCCGGCUCUGCCAACGGGAGCAUGGGACGCUCGGACGGAGCCGCCAAGCUGAGCGCCAAGGACCUCUACGAACAAAGGAAGAAAUAUUCCAACUCCAACAUCAUCAUGCAGGAGACGUCGCAGUACCACGUGCAGCACCUGGCCACCUUCGUCAUGGACCGGAGCGAGGCCAUCGUCACCGUGGACGACGCCAUCCGGAAGCUGAUCCAGCUGAGCUCCAAAGACAAGAUCUGGACCCAGGAGAUGCUGCUGCAGAUAAACGACAAGUCCAUCUGCCUGCUGGACUGCGAGACGCGGGAGGAGCUGGAGAACUUCGAGCUGGGCACCGUGCGGCACUGCCAGACCGUCCUCAACCAGCUCCGCUACCGCUCCGUCCUGCUCCUCGUCUGCCAGGACGACGAGCAGCAGCACAAGCCCGACGUCCACUUCUUCAACUGCGACGAGGUGGAGGCAGAGAUGGUGUACGAGGACAUCGCCAGCGCCCUGUCCGACAGCCGGCAAGGCAAGAAGCUGCGGCCUCAGACGCUCAAGGCCAACCAGGAGAAGAUCAAGCAGAGGCAGUCCAUCCUCCCGCCCCCGCAAGGCCCGGCCCCCAUCCCCUUCCAGCACGACGCGGGCGGCUCCCCGAGGAACCCCAAGAACCGCGUGGCCCCCCCCGUGCCCUACGAGCAAGGCCAGCGAGGACCGGCCCCCCAAGGCCCCGAAGAAUCCCGGGCCCUGCUGGCCCAGAAGAUCGAAAAGGAAACGCAAAUCCUCAACUGCGCCCUGGACGACAUCGAGCUCUUCGUGGCCCGACUGCAGAAGGCGGCCGAGGCCUUCAAACAGCUCAACCAGCGGAAGAAGGGCAAGAAGAAGGGGAAGAAAGGGCCCGCAGAGGGUGUCCUGACGCUGCGGGCCCGGCCCCCGACGGAGCCGGAGUUCGUCGACUGCUUCCAGAAAACCAAGCUGGCCCUGAACCUCCUGGCUAAGCUGAAGAAGCACAUCCAGAAUCCCAGCGCCUCCGAGCUCGUCCACUUCCUCUUCGGCCCCUUGGAACUGAUCGUCAGCAGCUGCGGAGGCCCCAGCGUCGCCAGGACGGUCGUCACGCCCCUCCUGUCUCGGGACGCCAUCGACUUCCUGAAGGGUCACCUCACCCCCAAAGAGAUGGCCCUGUGGGAGUCUCUGGGGGAGUCGUGGAUGCGGUCGAGAGCCGAGUGGCAGCGGGACCCCCCCGUCCCCUUCUACGGCCCCCGGUUCCACAACGGCUGGGAGCCCCCCCUGGAGAUCUUGCAGGGGGCCCCCUGGGAAGCGGACGGCGGCCAGUUCCAGGAGGAGACGUCGCCGAAGCGCGGCCAGCUGCCGGACCCCGUGGCCGGCGGGGACUCCUUCCAGCCCGGAGCCACUUCCCACUCUCCCAGGAGCUACGAGUCGCCGCCGGGGAUGGCCAGGUUCGCCAAGAUCAGAUACGACUUCACUGCCCACAACGCCAACGAGCUGUCCGUGCUCAAGGACGAGGUGCUCGAGGUGUUGGAGGACAACAGGCAGUGGUGGAAACUGAGGAACCGCAGUGGGCAAGCUGGCUACGUCCCCUACAACAUCCUAGAUGUCUUGAGGCCGGAGGAUGUGUACAACCAACAGGAUCAGCAGAGGUACCGGGGAGACUUGAGCCCCCGGGGUCCGGGGCCCACCAGCCCCAGCCACAAGCUGCCUGCCAGCUACGCCGGAGACAAGUGGGGGAGUGAGAUGAUGGCCGCCAGGAACACGCCCCAGGAUGCCAAAGAACAACUCAUCCACCACAUGGACGAGGUGAACGACGAGCUGCUCAAGAAGAUCACCAACAUCAAGGUGGGGCCGCCUCAGAGGAACUUCAAGGUGGAGAGGGCCCAGGCCGUCCAGGUGCCCCUCACCUACGACUCCGACGCCAGCCAAGUCAGAGCCUGGCUGGAAGCCAAAGCCUUCAGCAAAGCGAUCGUGGAGCAGCUGGGGAUCCUGACAGGCGCCCAACUCUUUUCCCUGAACAAGGAGGAGCUGAAGAAAGUCUGUGGAGAGGAAGGUGCCAGAGUCUACAGCCAGCUCACAGUGCAGAAAAGCCUUUUGGAGAAAAACCAAGGCGGGUCCGAGCUGGAGGAAGUCAUGAUUAAAUUCCAUUCCAAAAAACAGAAGAAGAUCGAACCGGAGAGUUAAGACUCUGCGGAGGGGCGGGG